CGCGAGCCAAGUUUGCCCUCCGCCCUCGUUCUAACAGACGUAUUUAUUUACUCUGACAAGUCAUUUCCCAGAGGAGAGAUGCUGACAUUUCCAAGUCUGCUUUCCCAACAGUAGUCGGCGUGCUUUUCCGUGUGCCAGAGAGAGAGGACCCGGGACAGAGAGGCAAAGGGGAGAGCUUUUCACGCAAACACGGCGGUCUUCCAUGGCUCUCUGCAACGGAGACAGCAACAAGCUGGAGAUCAGUUCCUCACAGCAGAAUGGAUCCUUGGAGGGGGCAGUGGCGAUCCUGGAUGCGGGGGCCCAGUAUGGGAAGGUGAUAGACAGACGUGUGCGAGAGCUGUGUGUACACUCGGAGAUCCUGCCCUUAGAGACCCCCGCCUUUGUCAUCAGAGAACAAGGUUACAGAGCAAUAAUUAUUUCAGGAGGUCCAGCUUCUGUGUAUGCAGAAGAUGCUCCUUGGUUUGACCCCGUAAUUUUCACCAUGGGGAAGCCGGUCCUUGGGAUUUGCUAUGGGAUGCAGAUGAUGAAUAAAGUAUUUGGCGGCACUGUGCACAAAAAGAGCGUGAGAGAAGAUGGAGUGUUCAGUGUUGGGUUGGACAACACAUGCUCCUUGUUCAGAGGUCUUCAGAAAGAGGAACUGGUGCUGCUCACCCAUGGAGACAGUGUGGAUAAGGUGGCCGAGGGCUUUAAGGUGGUAGCACAGUCAGGAAACAUCAUUGCUGGGAUCGCUAACGAACAGAAGAAGCUUUAUGGGACACAGUUUCACCCCGAGGUCGACUUAACGGAGAGCGGCAUGGAAAUGUUACGCAACUUCCUGUUUGAAAUUGCGGAAUGUACAAAUAAUUUCACAGUUCUGAACCGUGAACAGUCCUGCAUCAGUGAGAUCAGACAAAAAGUGGACAAAUCUAAAGUUCUGGUGCUGCUAAGUGGCGGAGUGGACUCCACCGUUUGCACGGCUCUCCUCAACAAAGCUCUGCCCCGGGAACAGGUCAUAGCAGUUCACAUCGACAACGGCUUCAUGAGGAAGAAGGAAAGUCAAAGUGUGGAAGAAGCUCUUACCAAGCUGGGCAUCCAACUCAAAGUGAUAAAUGCGGCGCACACAUUCUACAAUGGAACGACAACCCUCCCGAUCUCAGAAGAGGACAGAACACCUCGAAAACGCAUCAGCAAGACCUUAAACAUGACCACCAACCCCGAGGAGAAAAGAAAAAUUAUCGGAGACACGUUUGUCAAAGUGGCUAACGAAGUAAUCGGAGAGAUGAAUCUGAACCCAGAGGACGUUUUCUUGGCUCAGGGUACCUUGAGGCCUGAUCUCAUUGAGAGUGCCUCUCAUCUUGCAAGCGGCAAAGCAGAGGUCAUCAAAACGCAUCACAACGACACCGAGCUCAUCCGCAAACUCAGAGAUGAGGGAAGAGUAAUCGAACCGCUGAAAGACUUUCAUAAAGAUGAGGUCAGAGCGCUCGGGAGGGAGUUGGGCCUUCCAGAGGAGAUCGUCUCACGACAUCCAUUUCCUGGUCCUGGUUUGUCCAUCAGAGUGAUUUGUGCAGAGGAGCCUUACAUCUGCAAAGAUUUUGCUGAAACAAACAAUAUCCUAAAAAUCGUCGCAGACUUUUCUGCAAGUGUCAAAAAGCCCCAUGCCUUGCUCCAGAGAGUUAAAUCCUGCAUUUCAGAUGAUGAGGAGGAGAAGCUCAUGCAGAUCACCAGCCGCCAUUCACUCAAUGCCUUUCUGCUGCCCAUCAAAACUGUCGGCGUCCAGGGGGAUUGUAGGUCCUACAGUUAUGUGUGCGGGGUCACAAGUAAAGAAUCACCGCACUGGGAAUCCCUCAUGUUCCUGGCUAGACUCAUCCCUCGUAUGUGCCACACCAUCAACAGAGUUGUGUAUAUUUUUGGACCACAUGUUAAGGAGCCGCCUCAAGACAUUACCCCGACUUUCCUGACCACAGGCGUUCUGAGCACGCUCAGACAGGCGGACUUUGUGGCUCAUUCUAUUCUUAGAGAUUUUGGCUUUUCGGGCAAGAUCAGCCAGAUGCCAGUGAUCCUCACACCCCUCCACUUUGACCGGGACCCCCUGCAGAAGCAGCCCUCUUGCAGGCGCUCUGUGGUGAUCCGCACUUUUAUCACCAGCGACUUCAUGACGGGCAUCCCCGCCACGCCUGGCAACCACAUCUCAGAGGAGGUGGUGCUGAAAAUGGUAAACGAGAUCAGCAAGAUCCCCGGCAUCUCCAGAGUCAUGUACGAUCUGACCUCCAAACCGCCCGGGACCACGGAGUGGGAAUAGUACACCUCAUGUUGCCGGACACACACAAACACACAAUGAGCAAACACACUCAACAGAUAUCAGAGUGCUGGUAAACUGCUCUGUCUCUAUCCCAAAUAAAAAAACAGAAAAAACAAAAACUACAACCUCCCACCUCCCUUUCUGUCUUCAACAUUCCCGGGGGGGGGGGGGGUGUCUUACUGUGACAGGUGCACAUGCAGAGGCGCUGCUGCUCUGCCCCCCCCCCCACCACCACUCCUUCUUGGUCUUAACUUUUCUGGCUUAGUGAUUGAAUCAAUGUUGCUUUUUACUAAUAUAUUGUUACUUUUGAUUAUUCCGCAACAGUUCUCUGCCCUGCUAACACAAAAAGCAAACGUUUCCGUUUUGCCAGGUCAGCAGCAAAGCAGGUGGCGAGAAACCGUGACUUGAGGCGGCACCUCAGCAGACAUGCUAGGAAGAGUGAAGCACGAGUACAAGGAACAAAUGUUAUGAAACUCCGAGGGCGAGAGGAGGGGCUGAAUCUAAUUAGCCGUCACUUUUUAGGUUGUGUAUUUCUGCCUAUUUGCCGUGUGAUGACAAAGGCUGUCUGAACCGACCAACUUUUACGUUUUUUUUCUCUUUUGCCAAAACUCUUAUGGACUAUAUUGUUCAUAGUGGACUCCUGAGGAUGUGCUAGACAGGAGCUGUGGAUGCUGCGUCUCAGACAGCAGCCAGUUUGUGCCGCUGUGGUGGAAGCCGACUGGAGCUGUAACCGUGUACGUGCCUGUUCUGUGGUUCUUCUUGGUGUGAGCUGGUGGGGACUCCUGUCCACAGAUGAGGAUGCAGCAGGGUCCUCCAAAUGUUGCAGUACGUGUGUUUUUAUGUGGAGCAUAAAAAAAGGCAAAAAAAGGUCUAAGUAUAAGAGCGGUAGAGUUUAUCCUGUCACCUCACCAUUGGGCUGCUUUGUGUUGCGUGGAGGCAGCGUUUUGCACAUUUAGUCACUUGUAAAGCCUAGGUGCCACAUCAGCACAAUCAAUCACCCAUUCACAGGAACCGUAAGUGUAUAAAUGUGUAGUGUGAGAAGUUCAUUUGAGCAGCCUUCCCAUUCAUAAUUUGCGUGGUGGAGAGCUGCUGUGUUCACUCACAACGUCCAGCUCAUCCUAACCUCCUCAUUUAGACCUUAGUGAAUAUAGCGCCCAGGUUCAACUGGGUUUUUAAAAGUGUAUUAUACCCUCAUUAUAAACAUUUAACUGCAAUGUUGUGGGUCUCUUGCCUCCAGAAUUCUUUUUUUUUCCAUCAUUGAGUCCUUAACUUUCAGCCAGAUGUUCUCUCCUGACUUGUCCUUGUUGCUUUUUUUGUGUUUCUACUUCUGUUCUGCCUUUAAUAAAUGUGCAUUUUAUGUCGCAUUUGUCUCCAUAGAAGAGCCAAAAGUGGACAUUACAAUAAUAUUAAGUUAUGCAAUUUCAUCCUUUCAUUGUUGGUCAGUGAUUUUCAUUCUCCUUGGUAACGUGCCUCAAACCAAGCCACUGCAUGCAGUCUCAACAAUAUUUGUACGAUGGAAAACUGAGCUUUAAUAAAGAUCUCAAUGUUGGAACUUUGA